GAAUUGAUGCAGCCAGGUUGGGGUCGGGGUUGCAAGCGGGCGCCCCGGCUGGCUCGGUAGGCAGCGUGCGAACGCCGCAAUCGACACGUGUCGUUGUUGCAUUGUGAGCUUCCCUUCGGAUCACCGCCGGCUUUGGGGAGGUUGCUAUGGCAGACCACAUGAUGAUUUCGAUGAGCCACGGCAUGAACGGGCUGCAGGGCUACCGGAUGGGGGUGAACGGCCUGCAGGGCCCUCCCCAGCACGGACAGCACAUGCUAAGGACGAUACCUGCUAACCACCAAAUGAUGCAAUAUGGAAACCCCGGCCUGGACACAGGGAUGAGGCAGCGGCCCGGCAUCGGUGGACAGAUGGCACAUCACCAGGUGCCGAACGCCAUGAUGUUCAACAGUCCCAACCAGCAGCCGCAGCAGCAGCAACAAUACAUGGGACCCGUGGGCACUCAGCAACUUACAGCCAGCAUGCACUUGCAGAAACUCAAUACCCAGUACCAGGGCCACCCUCUCAUGGCCAUGAACAACGGGCCUGUGGGAACAGGUGCACAGCAAUACAGAGUGGGCCCCAGCCCACAUCCUGGCAUGCAGCAUAUGCCCUCUCCUGCUUUGACCUUGAACGUUAUGGACAUGGAUCUUGUUCUAUUUUAAGAGGUUUUGACCUCCUUGGUCAUGGAACUUGGUUUGGACCGAAUUCAGGAGCUACCGGAACUUUUCCUGGGACAGAACGAGUUUGACUUCAUUUCGGACUUUGUCAGCAAACAGCAGCCCAGCGCCAUCAGCUGUUGAGCAGCUGGAAGCGGGUGUUUUCUCUCCCCACCCUGGCCGCUUGAUUUUAGCACCUCCCCAACUCCUUCCUUUCGUGUAACCCCUUCCCAGCACAAAUACAUACAGGCUUUCUGAGCUGUCCUUCGCCCGUCUCUUAAACCACAAUGGACAAUCAUUCAGGGCUUGCACUGGGUUGCUCCUUCUGGGCGCAAUUCUCUCACGCUAUGGAAAGUAGUAGGUUUUCUGCAGCUCUAAAUGGAAACUGAAGAUGCAGCCUUGUUUGAGGAUUGUUCGUGUGGCAGCUACAGGAUUUUUGGCUUGGGGAAAAGGAGAUAGGCCUUCUACAGAACUACUGUCUGACGUGCCUGGACUACUGAGGAAAGGGUUGGGCAGACAAAGCUGGAUCUUACAGUUGGCUUUUAACAGUGAAGUUUGCAAAGGUGUUCAGAACUCUCCAACCCAACGGCUUUUGUUUCUUAAAUGGUUCUCCAAUCAUAAAGGGUGUACCAUAAAUCAUAAAGUGCCCCUCCAUAUGGUGAA